GUCUUGCACUGAGGAUAUUUAUGCUGCUUAUCAUGAACAUUUUUCAAACUUUUUAUUGUACAUUUAAGAGAAUGAUGUCGUUCUCCAGGUCGGUGGUAUUAAAACUCUUUUUUUUUUUUUUUUUUCAGUGUGAUGGGCCUUAAACAGGCCAUGUGUGUGCUGCUCUGGGCAGCCGCCAUCACAGUUUCUGAGGUUUUUGGUGACAAUGAAGAGAGCAGUUCACACACGUGGACUCAGCAGAGCCUGCCAAAGUUGAAGGUUACACAAAAAGCUUUUCUGAAUGCCAGUUCAUUUAGUGGAUUGGCAAAGGACAAAGAGGAAGCAAGAAGCAACUCACUCUGUGGAAUAAAGUGUCAGAGCAGUCUGCCAGCAGUCCGCCAGAAUGAACAAGAAAGGAUUCUUGGAUAUGAGACAUUAUAUGAAAACGGCACACGAACACGGACAGAUGUCAGCUUGCAGUGGAUGAACAAGACCUCAGGGGGAGCUGCUGCGAGAACGCCGGUUCAGACUCGCAGGAAACGGGAAGUCUAUGGAGUGGAUGGACGCUUUGUGAUCUCAGAUUCAAACUUUAUCACUAAGUACCCAUUCUCCACCGCGGCCCGCCUUUCCACUGGUUGCUCCGGAGUCCUAGUGUCUCCAAAACAUGUGUUAACAGCAGCACAUUGUAUCCAUGACGGCAGGGACUAUCUGGGGAGUACAAGGAGCCUUAAGGUCGGGCUGCUACAGCUCAAACGUGAAGGAAGAAGAUCGAGAAGAAAGAGGGGAAGGAGACGAAGGGGUGGAAGGAAACAGGAUAAGAUAGAUUUGAGGGGAGGAGAGGUGGAAGGUGAGGAAAGGAACAGCGUUGGGGGGUUAAGAAAGAGAAGGGGAGGUGAAAGGCGAGGGCGCAGAUUAAGAAAAAGGGGUAAUGAUGGAGAAGCUAUUGCUAGAAAAAAGCAGUUUGAUCCAAAAGGUAGGAAGGAACAGAGUUUUAGUCGUGUCCGGCGCCACGUAGGACAAGGGAAGCAGGUUGUCUUUCGCUGGUCCCAAGUUAAGCAAACCCAAAUCCCUCAAGGAUGGAUCCACACCAAUUCCUCUGUGUCUCUGGACUAUGAUUACGCCCUCCUGGAGCUGAAACACCCCGUCGAGCAAAAACACAUGGAGCUUGGGGUGGCGCCACCUUUGCUACCUCGGACACGGAUUCACUUCUCAGGGUACGACACAGACAAAAGCCUGUCAGGGUGGAGCGGAGAUGAGAAGGUGGUUUAUCGCUUCUGCUCAGUGAUGAAGGAGUCCGAUGAUCUGAUGUAUCAGCACUGCGACGCUCAGCCUGGCGCUAUGGGCGCAGGCGUUUAUAUCCGUCUGAGGAAGAAACCCAAACACAGAGGAGGGAAAUGGAACUGGCAGAGGAGGGUAAUCGGGGUAUUUUCAGGCCAUAAGUGGGUGGAGUUGGAUCGGGGCGAGCAGAUGGACUUCAAUGUUGCAGUAAGGAUCACACCUCACAAAUAUGCCCAGAUUUGCCACUGGAUUCAUGGAGAUUCAGGUUUUUGUAAUGAGGUUUAGCUCGAUGGUGAUGAAUUGAUUUGAGACAAAGAUGUCUUCAAUGUCUCAGACAUGCAGAGAUCAGGGAUGAGGUAUCAAGUGUUAGUUGGACAAUGUAUAGAGUCCUUGGAAAUUUUUUGUAGUGGUAAACAAAGAAUACCUGUGAUCUUGAAUAUAAAAAAAGGACAACGUUUCUUAACACAGCAUUUCACUUUGUUCUGACAGCCUGGUUUUACUCGUUAUAUUAUCAAGCUUUUUUCAACGGGUACUACAAUAUAUAUUAACAACUAUCUGAGUGCCAGAUAGAACAUUUUUUUUAUACUACAAAGUCUGUCUAUGUUGUUCAAUGUUCACAGAUUGCAAUACAAUUUGUGAGUUUCUAAUGUAAUAAAUAUACCUGCAGCAAGACGGUAAUGCUUCCGCUUAUGUUCAUAAUGUCUGACAAGAAAAAGUCACAGGAUUUAGCAUAGUUUCAAGCUCAGUAUACCUAUUUUCUUUUUAACAUUGGAGGAUUUAUUUAGCUUUCUAUUAAUUCCAUGAAAAUAUCUUCUUUUUGUUAAUGUCUGUUACCUGUCCAUCCACUAUUGCUUUCACUUAUAUGCAAA